AUGAACAUGAUGCAAAUUGGGCCGAUGGUGAUGAGCAAUGGUGGUGGCGGACCGCCGCCACCGGCUCACAUUCAGAUGCAGAUGCACCAUCACCAGUUUCCUCAUGCUUCACAACAACAACACCAACAGCAGCAGCAACAGCAUUUGCAUAUGGCGCAACACGCGCCGCAACAGCAACAGCAGCCAGCGCCUCCUCCGGUCACAAGCAGCAUGAACCGCUCGCAGAGAUGCGGUGUUUGUCGUGGCUGUCAGUGCAAACCGUGCGGCCAAUGCACCUACUGUCAGGAUUCGCCGCAAUUCGGCGGUCCCGGCGUUAAGAAGCAGAGUUGCAUCGAACGACGUUGCCUUCGGGUGCUCGAGAAUCGCCUUCAACGCGACGCGCCGACGUUCAAAGCGCGCGUCGGGUGCAAUCAAUGCGAGGACUGCCGAAUGGCCGACUGUCAGAUUUGUCUCGUUUGCCUUGACAAGCGCUUCUUCGAGAAUCGCUAUAUGCGCGGCGCGAUGUGCGCGAAGAAGCGAUGCAACAACGCGACGAGCAUCGAAUUGGCGGCGCCGCCGAACGCGCAAAACGGGCACGAUUUCGCGCAGCGUCAGGCACCGAAACGACCGUACGAGCAGAUGGCACCGCAGCAACAAGUCCAGGUCUCGCAGCCGAACGGCCAACCGAUUCAGAUGAGCAAUGGCGAGCCGAGUCAGAUGGAUGCCGCCCAUCAGCAACAGGCGCAGCAGCAGGCGCAACAGCAGGCGCAACAGCAACAGCGAAUGGUGUUCGCGAACGGGUAUCCAGAGAUGAACGCGCAGCUGAUUCAGCGAAUGGCUCCGCCACCGCCGGGUGCCCAACCGUUGCCGAAUCUUCCACAGGUCGCCCAGCUGGCACCGCAACACGGAUUGGACAUUCCCUACUUAAUACCGAACUUCGGUCAGGGGCAAGCGCAACAGGACUUCUAUCCGAUCAAGCCCUACCGUAUCGAGGACUUUGAGCACAAUGGCGAUCCGUUUACGCCGCCGAGCUACGCGCCCGACAUGAAGAAUGCCGUUGUGCUGCAGCCGCUGUGA